GGCGCCAGGGGCGGGGCCAGGAGCUCCCCGCCCCGCCCAGAAAGCCACGCCCCCCAAAGGCCCGCCCCCUGCCUCCAAGCCCAUCCCAAGAUGGCGGAGAUUCCUCUGUACUUUGUGGACUUGCAGGAUGACUUAGACGACUAUGGAUUUGAAGACUACGGUCCAGAUUGUGACAGUAUGAGACUGACAGCCUUCUUGGACAUCCCAGGCCAGGAUGAGCUGCCCCCUCUUGCACGCCUGGAAAAGUAUGCUUUCAGCGAUAACAUCUUUAACCGUCAGAUUAUUGCCAGAGGACUGCUUGAUAUCUUCCGGGACUUCAGUAACAAUGAAGAAGACUUCUUAACAGUAAUGGAAAUUGUAGUCAGAUUGUCAGAAGACGCAGAGCCCACAGUGCGGACUGAGCUGUUGGAACAGAUUCCUCCAAUUGCUACAUUUUUACGAGAAAACAGACCAGACUUUCCAGUAGUGUUUUCUGAAUAUCUCAUACCUGUGGUAGUAAGGGACCUUACAGACCCAGACAAUCAGGUUAGAAAAUCCAGUCAGGAAGUACUCUUGAUUCUUUUGGAGCAAGAUCUAAUUUUCCAGAAUGAUAUUGAAAACAGAGUAUGUCCGAUUCUGCUGGAACUGUCUGCCCCGGAGAGUGACGAUGAAUACAGAGCAGAAGCCGUGAGUAUAAUCUGCAAAAUGGCUUCAAUGGUGAGUAAGAGCACAGUUGAACGCCUGCUACUCCCUCGGUUCUGUGAACUGUGUGGUGAUGGGAAGCUCUUUCAAGUUCGGAAGGUGUGUGCUACAAAUUUUGGUGAUGUUUGUCAUGCUGUUGGACAAGAAGCCACGGAGAAAUUUUUGCUCCUCAAAUUUUUUGAGCUCUGCUCAGAUAACGUAUGGGGUAUGCGGAAAGCCUGCGCGGAGUGCUUCAUGGCCGUGUCCUACAACACCUCCCCCGAGGUCCGCAGAACCCAGCUCUCACCUCUCUUCAUCAGGCUCCUCAGCGACCCCUGUCGAUGGGUGCGUCAGGCUGCCUUCCAGUCCCUUGGCCCCUUCAUUUCCACCUUUGCAAAUCCCUCCAGGGCUGGCCUGUACAUCCGCGAAGAUGGCACCCUGAGCAUGCGGCCACCACGCCAGGAUCUGGAGGCCGACUCUACCUCUGGCUCACCUAGUCCUGGUGCUUAUGGUAACGGCUCCCCCACCAGGUAUUCCCAAAACAGGACUUCCAAGCCUGCUUCACAAAGUGGCCAGAGUGACGGUUUAACAGAGCCUGUGCAGAGAGAGCCAGGUCUGCGUGUGGAAGGGACACCAGCAGAAACCAGUGUUUUCCAGCAUGGCCAUAGCCCUUCUAACGGCCUAACAGAAAACCCAAAGGAAAGCCCUGCUGUGACAAGAGCUGACGAGAGGACGAGGCUUUCUCCAGAGUCCAGUGCCAUCUCAGAACUCCCUCCUGCUAGCGAUUCCCCCAUCAACAGGCGCCCAGGGAAUUCAGAAGAUGUAUUCAGUAAUGUCCUCUAUUGGCGAACUCCUCUCCCUGACAUAAGCAAGGACAUGGAGCUGUUUCUGAGCGAGGCUAGGGUUCAGGAAGAGGGCUGCACAAGAGUUGAGACUGUGUACGACAGCUGUGUGGCCAGGAAUGAGAUUCAGAAAGUCCUCAAGAGUUUACAGGAGCAUAUGGUAAAUGAUCCAGAUGUUCAAGCUCAAGUUCAGGUUUUAUCCGCUGCACUGAGAGCUGCACAGCUGGAUUCCACGAGUGAACCUGACAGCAAGCUGCCAGAAGGUCUAAAUGAAGUGCCCGUUUCAGAUCCUGGCUCUGCCUCCGACAAUCAGAUCCCUGCGUCAGCUUCAUCAUCUCAGAAUGAGCUUUCGGUGGCCAGGAUAUUACAAAGCACAGGUCCUGGUGAUGCCCAAAAUGGAACCAGUGACCAUUUGGAGACUCAGCAGAAGCUUGAACCAACUGUACUUGAAGAGAAUAAAUCUAAUUUACAGGAUGUAAUUCCUCAGCCUCUGCUAGAUGAGUUCGUGUCAAUGACAGACCCUGCUCGAGCCCAGACUGUGGACACUGACAUAGCCAAACAGUGUGCCUACAGCCUGCCCGGUGUGGCACUGGCCCUGGGAAGGCAGAACUGGCACUGUCUGAAAGGCACCUACGAAACACUGGCUUCCGACGUUCAGUGGAAGGUCCGUCGGACCCUCGCCUUCUCUAUUCACGAGCUGGCUGUGAUUCUCGGGGAUCAGUUGACAGCAGCUGACCUGGUGCCCAUCUUCAAUGGAUUUUUAAAGGAUCUGGAUGAAGUACGCAUAGGAGUACUUAAACAUCUGUAUGAUUUUCUAAAGUUGCUCCGUGAAGACAAGAGGAGAGAAUAUCUCUAUCAGCUGCAAGAAUUUGUAGUGACUGAUAACAACAGGAACUGGAGGUUUCGGUAUGAACUAGCAGAACAGCUGAUACUGAUUUUGGAACUCUAUAACCCCAAUGAUGUUUAUGAUUAUUUAAUGCAUAUUGCCUUAAGAUUAUGUGCAGAUAAAGUUUCUGAAGUUCGGUGGAUCUCCUUCAAACUAGUUGUGGCAAUUCUGCAGAAGUUCUAUUCGAACAGUGCAAGUGCAUUGGGGUUAAAUUUCAUCAAUGAACUCAUCAUACGGUUCCGGCACUGCUCGAAGUGGGUCGGCAGGCAAGCUUUCGCUUUCAUUUGUCAGGCCGUGGUGAGUGAGCAGUGUGUCCCGGUGGACCAGUUUGUGGAGCACCUGCUUCCCAGCCUGCUGAGCCUCAAGUCAGAUCCUGUGCCCAACGUGAGGGUCCUGCUGGCCAAGGCUCUGCGACAGACCUUGAUGGCAAAGGCAUAUUUUAGAAAUGCUGGAAACCCUCAUCUUGAAGUCGUUAAAGAGACUGUUUUGGCUUUGCAGUCUGACCGGGACCAGGACGUUUCCUUUUUUGCCACCCUAGAACCAAAGCAGCAGAAUAUAACAGACACUGCUGGCCUGGAAAAGCAAAAUUAAGUCCUCAGUGAUGAAUUGCAGUCUGGUGGUUUCAUGCUAGGCACACGUGGCUUGGAACUUGCAGGCGAACUGAGUAUUACAGCCGCUGAAGGACAAGAGUGACCUGCUCAGCCAUGCGCUCGAAUGACUGCUCCUUUUCCUGUCUGCGGCUGUGGGACGGAGCUCCAGCCAGCAACUUACUCAGGCGGCCAGGCCGGUGCUGUGCUGCCUACCCCUCCAGGCGCGAGUGGGGAGAGACUGUGGGCCCAGGGCACUGAUGGGCGUUGGGCGUCCGUGCCGUCUGCCUGCCUGCCAUCGAUGUGUUUCCUCCGUGACAGACUCUGUUACUUAACGUCCCCUUGGCCCCAAUCACGUAGUUUACUAGAAGUUCCCAAGUCUUCAGUAGACCUGCGUAUUAACUUCCCUUAUGCUUAUAAAAUGGUUUAUGAUGUUAUAUUUUAUUUUUAACUGGAAUACUGUAUAUAUGUAAAUAACUCUUGACAGGAAGAAAAUAAAUUAAUGUAAUAUUAGCCUCCCGUUAGUGAGCUGAAUAAACACAUCAUGUAAAUUUA